AUGGGAGAAAAUUGUGAAACCUGGAUUCCGGAGCUGCUUUUUGAUUGGCAAUCUCCCAAUUUGAGCUCCUUCAAUGCUGCACCGUUUGGCAUGGGGAAGCAAAAUGGCACUACUGCAGCUAUGAAUCCAGUUGCCAACUCGGUCGCAAGAGACGCUACAAUGCCAGCUUAUUUGUCCUCUGGGCUGCCUCAUUCGCAGUUAGGACAUUCUGGUGAACCUCAUGGUUGGUUUUAUUGUUUGCCUCGCUUCCGGCAGGGAUUUACUGCACCUGCUCGAAACUUCACUGCAGAGGAAAAACUUCCUGCUAGCCAUGCAAAAGGUUUUAGGGAGGAAAUUGCCCCCAUUGGGGCGUCCGGUUUCCCUCAGAAGCAAUUCCUGGUUAUUGAUCAAACUGGUGAUCAAACAACUCUGGUUUAUAGUUCAAGGUUUGGUGGGCCUGUUGAGUGCCUUACUUCCUGGGAUUCAAAGCUUCAUGGAUCUACCAAUUUGAACAACGGGAAUGAAUUGCUAUCUUUGAGGAGAGAUGUGAAUGAUAUGGUUGGACAUGGACCGGCUCUGGAUGAUAAAGUUGAUCAAAAUCAGGGAACUGAUGAUGACAUUGAAAGUGAGAUGCAUGAAGACACAGAGGAAAUCAAUGCAUUGCUUUACUCUGACAGUGAUGGUUAUUCUACUGAGGACGACGAUGAUGAUGAUGAAGUUACUAGCACAGGACAUUCACCCAGUACAAUGACCACUCACGAUAACCAGGAAGAACCUGAUAAGGGAACGGCUGAAGAAGUUGCUAGCUCCUUUGGAGAAACAAAGAAGCGAAAGCUGUGGGACGGGGCUUAUGAUGAGGACAUGCACUUCGUGGACACUGCUAGUUCUCUGAAUGGGAAAAGACCCUUUGAAGUUGGAGAUGAUGCAGAAUCAAGAUGCUCCAGUGUUGGAAACAUUAGUAGAGGGUCAGGUGAAGUGGGUUCUUUGUCAGGCAAUAAAAAGAUGAGAAAGGAGAAGAUUCAAGAUGUUCUGAGCAUUCUGCAAUGCAUAGUUCCUGGUGGAAAGGACAAGGAGCCAAUUGAGCUUCUUGAUGAAGCCAUACGUUGUUUGAAAUCAUUGAAACUAAAGGCCAUAGAGCUUGGACUUGAUGCCAUAUAA